AUGGCCACGAGUAGGAGAAGUGGAGCACCUGCAAUCGGCAUUGACCUGGGAACCACGUAUUCAUGUGUUGCAGUUUGGAGAGAUGACCGAGUAGAGAUCAUAACCAACGAGUACGGAAACCGAACAACUCCAUCUUGUGUUGCUUUCACUGAUGCUGAACGUCUCAUUGGUGAUGGUGCUAUCAAUCAGAUCACUUUCAACCCUAAUAAUACUGUAUACGAUGCGAAGAGGCUUAUAGGCAGGAGAUUCAGUGAGAUCAUGAUGCAAGAUGACUUGAAGUUGUGGCCUUUUAAGGUUAUACAAGGAACUAAUGACAUGCCAAAAGUUGUGGUUAACUACAAAGGUCAAGAGAAACAGUUUACUACAGAAGAAAUCUCAUCAAUGGUUCUUGCCAAGAUGAAACAAGUUGCAGAGACAUAUAUUGGUGAAACCGUUAAAUCCACUGUCAUCACAGUUCCAGCUUACUUCAAUGAUUGUCAACGUCAGUCAACAAAGAAUGCAGCCACCAUUGCAGGCCUAAAGGUCAUGCGUAUGAUCAAUGAGCCAACUGCAGCUGCAGUUGCUUAUGGUGUGGCCCAUAAGUCGCGAAUUGUUGGAGAAAGGAAUGUGCUUGUAUUUGAUCUUGGUGGUGGCACUCUUCUCUCCAUUGGUGAAGGCAGUUUCUUUGAGGUUAAAGCUGUUGCUGGUGACACUCAUUUGGGGGGUCAUGAUUUUGAUAACAAUUUGGUGAGUUAUUGUGUUGAGGAGUUUAAGAACAAAUGGAACAAGGAUUUGUCUGGAAACAAAAAAGCGUUGGCGAGACUGAAAGUUGCGUGUGAGAAAGCAAAGAUAAUUCUUUCAUUUGCCACCACAACUUUAAUUGAAAUCCAUGGUUUGCAUGAGGCUAUUGAUUUUUCUUUGAGAAUUACUAGGGCCAAAUUUGAGGAUCUAAAUAUGACUAUUUUCACCAAGUGUAUCAAGAAAGUGGAUACAUGUUUAGCCUAUGCAAAGAUGAACAAAACAAGUGUACAUGAGGUGAUUCUCGUUGGUGGGUCGACUAGAAUACCAAAGGUCCAAAGUAUGUUGCAGGAGUUCUUUGAUGGGAAGGAGCUAUGCAAGAGCAUCAACCCUGAUGAAGCGGUUGCAUAUGGAGCAGCGGUUAUGGCUGCAAUGUUAUCUGGUGAAACUAGCGAAAUCCUAAACGAGUUAGUGCUAUUGGAUGUUACUCCUUUGGCACUUGGUGUUGAGGUACUAGGAGAGAAAAUGUGUGUUGUUAUCCCACGGAACACUUUGAUACCUACAUCGUUUACUAAGAAAUUUGUAACAACCAAAGACUACCAAUCUUCUAUAAGGUUUAAGGUGUACCAAGGUGAACGGACAAGAUCUACAGAUAAUUAUUUGUUGGGGCAGCUUUUAGUUUCUGGAAUUCCAGCUGCUCCUAAGGGAGUCUCAGUAGUUGAGAUUUGCUUUGAAAUAGAUGCUAAUGGUAUCCUUACAGUCACAGGAAAGGUAGUUCUUACCGGAAAGACUGAAACUCUUACUGUCACCAAUUAUAGAGGUCGAUUGUCGAAGCAAGAGAUUGAGAAAAUGACUAAAGAUGCGGAGAAGUUUAAAGUUGAGGAUCACGAGUACAAGAGGAAAGUGGAUGCAUGCAAUGGCUUGGAAGACUGUUUGUAUGUUUUAAAGAAGAAGUUGAAAGGAGAUGAUAGGACCCCAAAGGUGUUAAAGAACAUGAAGUACGCAUAUGAAGAAACCAGGAAAUGGCUCGCUGAUAACAAAACUGCAACAGGUGAUGAAAUCGAGGCUCGGAAGGAGUAUCUUGAAUUCGUAUCCUCCCUUGCAUUUUCAAACUAA